GCUCGUGUCGCGCAUGCGCGCUGCGGGUACGUGACGCUGCGGGAAGAUGGACGGCAAUCGGGACGAGGCGGCGCGCUGCGUGGAUAUCGCCGAGCGCUCGCUGCGCGCGGGAGAGCGCGACAAGGCGCUCAAGUUCCUGCAAAAGGCCGAGAAGCUCUUCCCCACCGACAAGGCCAAAGCCCUGAUCGACGUAAUCUCUCGCAAUGGGAGCAGCGCGGGACAAAACGGGCAGGCCGAGGCGCCGGGCUCACCGCAAAUGCGCCGCCGAUCGGAAGCGGGCGACGCCAAGGGGCCCGCCGGCUCCACUGAGACGGCCAAGAGCUACACUCAGGAGCAGGUGGAGGCGGUGAAGAGGAUAAAGCGCUGCAAGGAUUACUACGAGAUCCUGGGCGUGGCCAAAGAUGCGCAGGAGGAGGAGUUGAAGAAGUCUUACCGCAAGCUGGCACUCAAGUUCCACCCAGACAAGAACCACGCUCCUGGUGCCACCGAGGCCUUCAAGGGCAUAGGGAACGCGUACGCGGUGCUCAGUAACCCCGAGAAGCGGCGGCGCUAUGACCAGUACGGUGACGAGCAGGCGGCGGCGCCACGGGGCCGGCGCUCGGCGCACGAGCACUCCCGCGAUUUUGAGGCCGACAUCUCCCCCGAGGACCUCUUCAACAUGUUCUUUGGGGGCGGCUUCCCCAGCUCCAAUGUGCAUGUGUACAGCAACGGACAGGCGCGCUACACAUACCACCAGCAGCGCAACACUCGGCCAGACCACCAGCAUGGCGAUCAGGGUGGGUUUACGAUGUUCGUACAGCUGCUGCCCAUCUUCAUCCUGGUGAUCGUAUCCAUCAUCAGCCAGCUCAUGGUGUCCAACCCGCCCUACAGCCUCAGCUACCGCCCGGGCCUGGGCCACACGGAGGCGCGGCACACCAUGCAGCUGGGCGUGCCCUAUUACGUGGACAAGGACUUUGCGCGAGACAACAAGGGGCAGGGCCUGGAGCGCGUGGAGCGCAGCGUGGAGGACGACUACGUCGCCAACCUUCGCAACAACUGCUGGAAGGAGCGACAACAGAAGGAGAACAUGAUCUACAGGGCGCGCUACUUCGGAGACAGCACGCUCUACCACAAGGCGCAGAACAUGGCGACGCCCAGCUGCGCGCGGCUUAACGAGCUGCAGGCCCGCGCCGGAUAGCGGCCCGGCGGGAGCGCCGCACUCACCCGCUCCGGCACACGGGAACCGGAAGCGUGCGUGGGAGGACACUGGGCAUGGGGAAAGUGGUGGAAUGCAGAUAGGGACAGAGGGAGGUGCUCCGUGUGCCCCCUUCUGCUUCCCCAUGUGUGAGAAGCUGUGGGGAAACUGUGGUCGUUCGUGUCUGGGAGGAGGAAGAGGAUGAGGAGAAAGAGGAGGAGAGUCCUGCGCUGUGCCGAGUGAUCCGCCACUCGCCUCGCCCGCGCUCGGCUCCUCUCUCCGCGACGCCACGAACACGCCCGCCGUCCCUCUGCCGCUGCUUCCGCUGCGUCUCCUCUCCGUGUCAAUGCUGCCGUUCCUGCUAUCACUUCAGCCAUCAAUGCUGUCUCUCCCCCCUGAUUCUCCCACUGUCAGGGAUAUCACUCCUUCGCUCUCGCCCAGUCUCUCCGGCUGUCAAUGAUAUCACCGAUGCUCUCACUACCACUGUUAAUGGUGUCUCCCGUUGCUUCUCCCGAUAUCAGUCCCAUCACUGCUGUGCUCCCUCCCACUGUCUCUCCUUCUCUGUCACCACUGCUCUCUCCCACUGUCAAUAUCACUGCUGCGCUCUCUCCCAGUCUCACCCGCUGUCGAUGAUAUCACCGCUGCUAUCACUUCUGCUGCCCUCCCACUGCUUCUCCACUCUCCGUGCGGUUACCCACUACUCUCAACGCUAUCUCCUGCAGCCUGGCGCUCCAGUGUGCAGGAGCAGUGUAAAUGUCUCGACGCGCUCAUCUCAAUGCUGCCUCGUGUCUCGAGAUCGGUCAUUUUAUCACUCCCUCCCUCACCUGCUCGUGCCUGUCCUUCAGUCGACUCAAACGUUGGGGCCGAUUUGAUUUUAAAUCUUGGUCACCUCUAUACGCGUCCGCGGCUCAACCGGAGAAACGUAAAACCACAUUCCCGCAAGUGACACGAGCCCAGCGCUGCGACACCGGCCGCUCGUGACCACGACCGUGGCCGAGGUCCGCAACCGCACGUCACCCGCGACCUCCGCACCGGUGCCCCCCCCGUCGUUUCCGUGCCGGCUAUGGCAGGGUUCUCGUGACCCUCCGCCGCAGCCCGUCUCUUCGCCGCAGCCCGUCUCUUUGCCGCUCGUGGCCCCGGCGCGCGCUGUCUCGGACUCGCGCGACAUUGCGCCACGGCGCUCGGUGCCGCACACGGCCGAUCCCACGCACAACUGCGGUCUCUGUGCUGCUCCACACCCCCCACCCCUCCCUCCUCUGCACACUCCCUGCUGUGUGACACCUCCGCCCAGCCGCUGCCCCCAUCCGCACCUCUCCCCACCACCACCACCUCCUCUCCCCCACAACCCCCAUCCCCUUGCUCCCCUGCAACCGCGCAGCACGAGAGCCGUGCCGCGACUUGCAUGGUGCCCUGUGGCUGCCUGGCCGGCCACCCCGUAGAGAAUCCAGUCCGGGUUUUUGUUUGGCUACGGUCCUUCAUCUCCGAGCCGUCUCUGGGCAGUGUCCGAAGAAUGGGCGGCACGGAGAUCUCUCGGUGUGUAGGUGCCUCGUGCGGCUGGCAAAGCCCAGUCAGGAUCGGCCCAGCGUGCACAUUAAUUAAUAACAAACGCCUAUUUAUAUUUAAGCUCGAAACCAGUUACCGUUCUGUAUAGUCUGAUGGAGGGUAACCUCUGGAAGGAAAACUAUUUUGCGUGAUUUGUAGGACUUUAAAAAUACUGGAAAAUAUUUGUGUUGAAAUAUUAUUGUACAAUACCAUAACUGUGGAUAGGUGUACACAAGUUUAUUGCGAAUGCGUGUGUGUUUAGUCCCCAGUCGUAUCCGAGUGGCGGCUUUGUCACUUUAAUCAAGACUCACGUGUUGCGUCUGUUCACGUCUAAUGCGUUUUAAUUGUACCUUCUGAAGCAGCGUAAUUUUACGGUUGUGGCUUUAGCCCGGGGGGUGGCACACGACCCAGGUAGAGGAUGGAACUGAUGAGAGAAGCUGAGAUCGCCAACGCAGAGAAGUGAACACGACGUCAAGGCACCCGAUGAAGCAACAGGGGUGAGGCUAGGGUCAGGACUAGGGUUGGUGUCUGGUCGGCUAAAUUGAUUAGGGUUAAAGUGAGGCUCAUUGUGAGGUCUUGUACGAGUGUCUGGUUGGAUAGUUGGUGAGAGUUAGCGUGAAUGAAAGGCCGGGUGCUAGUGUUUGGUUGGUUAGGAGAAGGGGUGUAAUGCUCGUGUUGUGUCUGGAAAUUGGUUAGGGGUAGAGUUAAGGUGAGCCAGAAGGUUAAUACUAUUGCCUGGUUGGCUAGAUGGCAAGGGUCAGGGGUAGGGCUAGUACUAAUGUCUGGUUGGUUGUUUGAUUAAGGCGAGCAUGUCUUUGAUUAUCUGGUGAGCCUCACCCCCAAGCUGUUAACCCAUCUUUCCCAUCGUUAAUUUCGAUCUUUUAAGUUCUGCGGCUGGAUUUCAUUGGCGGCGGCCCGCCAUUGCAUCCGAAUCACCAUCGACGGUGCUCCUCUCCUCUCGUUCGCUUGCCGUCGACGGAACACCCCUGACUCCUCACUCCUUGCGCUCCCGCAAGCGCUUCUCUGUGUACUACAGGCUCCGGCGGUGGUGCGGGGGGGACCCAACUCACUCGCACCAACCACGUGGAAAACCUCGCCUUCCCCUGGCUCGGAGCGGCCCCCCACCCUCCCCAACUCAAACAACGCACCCGCCCGCUACCCCCUUCUCACCGCGCUCACCACUCGUAACAUAAUGGCAUAUACAUAUAAACUGUAUAUUACGUGAAUGUAGAGAGACUUAAGUUAUAAUGUGAAAGCUCUAAUGUUGGGGGGGGAGGAGAGUGUUGCAAUGAGAGUCUGUGCGGGACCGCGGUGCGUUGGGGGCUGGGAAAGAGGCGAACACCUUUGGACGACGAUGAGGAUUUUGUAAAAAAGAAAAAUGUACGGUUCGGCACUGCCUGCAAAAUAAAUUAAGAAUAAAGUUUUACAGAUGAACCGCGUGCAUGGUGCCACACGCCGCACGACAGCGGUGCCCGGGGACGCCCACAGGAGCAGCAGCAACGAUGAAAAAUUCAUAAUGUGGGUUAGGUCGCCUAAUGAUAUGGCCAAAUGUGUGUCGUGUAAUCCUCCGCCACCUAACUCGGGCAACCAAAUUCAUUUGUCGCGUGUACAAGCGUGCAGCGACGCAGCAUUUGUUAUUUUUUUCGGCAAGGUCCUUGCAAAUUUAGCGAUUAGCUGAAAUGUUUAUAAUCGACGUGUUAAACGCCUGUACCCAUGCAAGUUUGAUUUCUUUGGCUUCGCCGGGCCGGUGGAGGGUUUCAUGACAAAAACAAAUUGUGGCCAGAUCGUUACGUGGUCUGACCAAUAAAUGUUUUAUUUAAGAAUCGUAACAUUGGCUGGGAAAUGCCGAUGUUUUAAAUUUAAAUCUCUCGCGUCUAAAAUGUAUGCGUCCGCAUCUCGACACGCGUUACGCGAGUGGAGGGACAGCAUCGGGGAAGAAGGUGAAACAGGGAAGGCAACGUGGGAAUUGACAGCGACGCUGGGAGAAGGCGCAGGAACAAUAACGUCAAGGGAUGAUGCCCAGCGAGUCCCCCAGGUGAUUCAUAAUUUACGAUCUGGCCGUGAUUUUUGUGUGGAGCCCUCCACCACUCGACAAUUCAAAGCAAAUAAAAAAUGUCGCGUGGUGGACAAGCGUUUUAACAAUGCGCCAAUUUCGAUUGCUUUCCUUCACGCCAGUGAGCGGGAGAACAAUUCUCGCUGCCAGAUUUUGAAAUUGGAUACGUGACGUUUCGCUGGAAACUGCGUCAAGCACCUUCAGGUCAAAAACCAGGAAAUCGGAAUGUCGGAGAAUAGUUUCAGAGUGGUUAGGGUCAGCUGGGAAGGUAAACACUCAUUAAUGAAAGUGUUGGAACUUAAUGGGUACAGAGAUCCAUUAUAGUAGCUAAGGUAGCAAUAAGCGACUGAACAAUUGAGUGACCGGAUAAAGGGAAAUACAUUUCCUAAAAGUGUCAGGUGCUGGAUUAGGCAAGUGUCGAUGCAUCGAUUCACCAAUUAAAACAUGACGAUUGAGAUUC